CUGGGUAGAGAUGACCCUGCAGACCCCGGUAUUGUCCCCGGCCACAGCCACACCCAUGGUCAUGGCGGAGAGCGCCCUCUAUCGGCAGCGGCUGGAGGUCAUCGCUGAGAAGCGGCGACUGCAGGAGGAGAUUGGCGCUGCGCGUCGGGAGCUGGAGGAAGAGAAACUCCGCGUGCAGCGGCUCAAGAGGAAAUCUCUCCGAGAACGUUGGCUCAUGGAUGGGGCAGCUGAAGGACCGGAGCGGCCGGAGGACCUGGCCUCCAAGGACCCGCAGUCGCCUGAGGGACAGGCCCAGGCUCGAAUUCGUAAUCUGGAAGACAGCUUGUUUUCACUCCAGUCCCAACUGCAGCUGUUGCAGAGUGCGUCCACAGGUGCCCAACACAGACCUGCUGGCAGGCCCGCCUGGCGCAGAGAGGGUCCCCGACCUCUCUCUCAGCCCACCAUGGAGGUGGUUCCUGCAGGCCUCAGUGAUGUGGACAAGAGAACUUCCCUGCCAGCUGGUCCAGUGGGCAUGUCCCCCGAGUCCCCCUCUGAUCCCAGGAAGGAGCUCAGUGAGGUUCUGCCAGCCUUGAGGCCAUCCCCUGAGGCCAUAGGGGCCUCUUCAGAAGCCAAUGGCCCCUGCCCUGGGCAUAGGCCCCUUCAAGAGCAGCUCAGCCCAGGGGCAGCGAGUAUCACUCAAGCCAAAGGAGAUGGUGUGGUGGAGGUGGUUUGGGCUGGGCUUCGGGCCACUGAGAACAGUACCACAGACCCCAAGGGCGUGGAGCUGGAGGCCAAGGUGGAAGAAGUCGUGCUGGAGGCCAUUGAGUCCAGGCAGGGCACUAGCAGCCCUGAGCUCCCCACUUGGGUGAAGGAGGGGAGGGGUGUGGUGGAGGUGGUCUGGGAGGGGCUGGGAGGCAGUGAUUCCGACGUCACAGGGGAGACAGACAGGGAUGCAGAGGCCACACAAGCCAGUCCCCCGAGGCUCCAGGAGCUAUCUGAGGCUGAAACUUCCAGAAAAGAGAAAGGUGCUUCCAGGGAUAGUCCUGAAGGUGUUGGGCAGGGGGGCCCUGGAGGAGAGGAGGGGUCCUUCAUUUGGGUGGAGAGAGUAGCCCUCAGCGAAGACUGGGAGGAGCUCUUGAUGGAGGGCUUGGAAGUGCCUCCAGGGGUAGGCUGUGAGGGAGGACCUGAGGCUUUGAUGGGAGCACAGCUGGGAGGCAGUGGAGAGUCCUGGGAGGUGAAGAAAUCAGAGGGCUCGGAAGAGAGGGGAAUGGCAGAAAAGCUCAAGGUAGAGAGAGGUGGGGCAGCCGAGGUGCCAGAGCCAGUCCAGGAAAGAGAGGGAAGCCAGGCAGAAAAGGGGGAGGAAAAGGACGGUGAAAGCCCCCCUCUGGCAGAGGUAACAACAGAUGAGGAAAAGCAGGCAGUGAGAGAGAAGGAAGAUGGAGAGCCACUGGAAGCAGAAAAAGGAGGCGAGGAAGAGCCAGCCACCACUGAGACGCCAUUGGUGGCAGGGAGAAAACCAGAGGGCCCCCUGGACCCAGAGAGAAGAGGAAGUGAGGUUCCAUCAGACCAGGAGAAAGACAGUGAGAGCUCAUUGGACAGAGAGUCAAAAACAAACAAGAAACUUUUGGAAGGAGAACCAGGAGGUGAGGGCUCAUUGGGUGAAGAAACUAGAGGAAGUGAGGAAUUAUUGGAUGAGGGGCCAGGCCACGGUGAGGGCUCAUUGGAUGAAGAAGCUAAAGAAAGUAAAACGUUAUUGGAUAGAGACCCAGGAGGCAGUGAGCUGUCAUCAGAGGCAGAGAAAACCCCAGGCAUCAAGGAGGAGUUGAGCCCAGAAGAGCAAGACAAACCCAGUGAAGGAGCAGAGUUUCUGGUGGAGGAUGCCAGCCAGUCAGGGACCCCUCUUUCAGUUCAUAAGAAGCCCACAUCAGAGGAACAAGGACUACAGGGCCUGGAGAAGCAAGAAGGACCCGUGGAAGAGACAGCCAGGGAGCCUCAACCCUGUGCUGAGAGUGAGGGUCUCCCCGGGGAUGCCACCCCACUCUUGGCAGAGACCCCAGCAGCGGAGCAGCCUGUGGAAAGCCAGCCACUGCUCCAUCAGGAGGUGUCCAGCACCAACCCAGGUGACCACCCCGCACCUACCUAUGCACCUGCCCGGCAGCUUGAGCUAGCUGAGGCCAAAGAGGCUAGUGGCCCUAAGCAAAAGACGUGCCAGUGUUGUGUGGUCAUGUGAGCCUACGCCUGCCGCCCAGCACCCUACUCCUCACAGCUACCUCGCUGCCUGGCAUCCAGCAGAAGGUCCCAGGCGCAGACAGGGUACCAUAGGACUGGUGGUGGUACCCAGGAGCCAGCAGGCCCCUGUGUUUACCUACACCUGGGCUUUUAGACUCCCUGCCCACUGCCUGUGGCCCUGA